AUCCAAUAUGGCGCACUGCUUGAUGGAGACAAGAUGAUGGUGUUCGUGGUGUAAAUCGGAUUCAACAUAGUACAUGUAAGUCUAACUGGAACAAUACUGCAGCAACUCAACAUGUCUUCCACUAUCAGUAAAGAGUUUGUUGAUAAGAAGCUGUCUACUCUCCCCAUAGUCCCCUCAGAGUGGGAUGUUGGAAGGGGGCAUUACUACCAGCUUGACCUACGCAUGUGCCAGAUACAGCGGAUCAAGUGGGGAUUUAAUUGGGGAGAUGAGAGCAAACCACUUCCAAGGAUAGCUACUAUCACUGAGCAACCCUCCAGAAUCCUCAAGGCAGAUUUUUCUUUGAAUGAGCUGCAAAAUCUUGAUUAUGAAGCAUUAUACCCACUGAAACACCUGCGAGUAUUGGAUGCAUCACUAAAUAGGAUUCAGAGAUUUGAAUCCAUAGAGGUGCUAUCUCAUCUACAGACACUGAAUCUUUCUCACAACUUUAUCAAGCGUUUGGAUGGCCUUGAAAGAAGCUACAACCUGACUGAGUUGAACCUGGGCAUGAAUGAGAUAGAGGAUAUUUCCAUGAUGCCCACCUUGACCAAUCUGACUGUAUUAUAUCUUAAUAAUAAUAAGCUCAAGUCUUUGGAUGGAGUACAAGGCUUGGCUAGGCUAAGAGAGCUAUAUGUACAGAGGAAUCAAAUUGUUGAUCUUGUUCCAUUGUUGAGCUCCAGAAACCUGAUUAUCCUGAAUGCUGCAGACAACCAUAUCUCUGCCCUGCAGACCACGGGGGAGGUGCUGAGACAUCUGCACAAGUUACAGUCUAUAACUUUACAUGGCAAUCCAAUUGAAAGGGAGAACCUGUAUCAGGCUGCUAUACUUGAUGCCUCACAAGUCAUGGUGCUGGACAAUAUCAGUGUCAGAAAUCCACCUAGGAUAGAGGCUGAUGGUCCAUACACAGAUAGCAUGCAGGGUUUGAAGGGGGCAGCUACCCAGGCAUUUCAUGACCAAAUCAAAGCAAAGAGACAGCAGAUGGAGGAGAAUGUGAGCUUCUUGCAGCAGAGGAUAAAGUCUCUACAAGAUGAGUUUUAUGCAUAUGAAGAGAAAAUGAAGAAUGACAUGGAGGCUUGUUUAGGCAUAUAUGCAACCCUAUAA